AUGGAUCGUCACAGGGAUUUAGAGGGGAAUCGGCGAGAAGUGCUACAGGAGUUGAUAGACACAGAGGGGGACUAUGUAUCGAUGUUUGGGCUAUUUAGGGAGAGCUAUUUGAAUGUAUUAGCGCGGGAGGAAGAACAUGUGGUGUUCAGGAGUAUGGAAGGGGUUGUUAAGGAACUAGUAAGGUGGCAUCGAAGAAUGGAAUGUGAUUUGCGCCAUAUUUUAGGUGAGCAUGGUAGGAGUACUGUAGAGGCAGCGGUCCGUGUGAGUAAGCAGGUGGUCGCGUACAUGGCGAAAUUAGAGGCUCUCUAUAGGAGUUACAUCUUCCAUUUUCAAGCAUCAAGCCGGUUGUUUACAGAAGAGACAUACUACGGGAAGGUGAUGAGAGAGUUGGUGGGCAGAUUGGACCACGGGGUGCGCACUUAUCAACGCACUCAGUUUAGUGGGGAGCACAAGAGGCAUCUCUGGCAGAAGGACACGUCGUAUGACUGUCUAAGCCAUCUACCGGUGAGUCGUUUAACAAAUUACAAAUUGUUUCUAGACGUCAUCGCCAAGACUGUCACAAGUCCUUCAGAUAAGCGCCGUAUUGCUGCCUACACACGUAAAGCAUCGGAAAUUAUUCACCAUAUCAAUAGCGACAGCAGUACAAUGGAUCCUGUAAAUACUGUUAUACAGCGAAGACUUCGCUUCCCUACUGUGGAAUAUGUACCAGUGAGUGCAUUUGGCCAAUGUAUGUUAGCCGGAUGUCUCAAUACAAUGUGGGUGCGGCGCAGAGCGUCUUAUGGAUUUGCAGUAGUGGCAGAACCAUUGGGAGCCUUCUUAUUCAAAUCAUAUUUGGUCCUUGCUGAAAUUUGCCAAGAUUGGUGGACAGUAAAGCAUUGUGUGCCCAUGGUACGUUGUAAUAUUCAUCAUUUGUCUGGUGUCAUCGAUAUUUCUGAAAGCAGUGAUAAUUGCAACAAAGAUAGCAGUUGCGUUGAUACUACUGACACGGAUGAUACCGAUGAAACCAACGAAUCUCAAAGAGCCAAUAACUCCAAUGCAUCUUCAGACAGUUCAAAUCACUGUCCCAUGGCUUUAAAGAUUGAAUUUUAUUUUUAUGGCCAGUGCUUUGAAGUUACCUUUGCAUUUAGGAACUCUCAAGAGUUCCAAGUCUGGAAACAACAUCUAGACACCGUAAAAGAACUAAAUGGUUCUUCUGGUUCUGAAUUCGAGCAGAUAAGUGAUAUAGGAGAAUCUACAAUGGUUCCUAGGGAGAUGGUCCCCAAAUCCACUGUUGCAAGUAGGUGCCCCAAAGUGAAUGAGUUACACAACCUUACACAUGCACAGAGGGAGAUGCUAAAGCACUCAGCAUCUGACUAUUAUGGGAUCAACCCAAUUCACAUAAAUGUAAGCUUUUCAGGAUCUCAGAGAUUCCAACUGAAGUAUCAAACUCUUUCACGAAACAAAUCAGACCCUACAUGUUUUUAUGCCAAAUUUGACACUGCAAGGCGACUACAUAUAGAAGCCUUGAUGUUCGACGUAUGGUCGGAAAGCUUGGUGAGAACUCCAUCCUUAGAAUACAUAAUGACAUCCUACAGCGACACCAUAACGAGCGUCGCUACUACGAGAGCUCCUUCAUCAACUAGAUCAUCAUGGGGAAUGUUCUCCAUUCGUUCAGAUAAUACAAGAGCCACAUCAGUGGUAGAGCCAGCCAAUAACCAAGAUACAUCUCAACAAAACAAAAACAACAAUAAAAAUCUGACUAUCGUCCGACUGGGGACAAUAAACAAACUAAGAAAUUACCUCACUGUUAAAACUUAUAACAAACAGUUUAGCGAAAACCAAGUAUCGUAA